AUGAAUUAUUUCUCCCCAGAACCACCCUUGGUCGACUCCUUGCCGCCCGGUCGGGCCAUGGAGAGUUUUCCGAAUAUCAUGAGCGCUUUGGACAUGAAGACGCCAAGUUGGAGUGCUCCUGUGGGUGCCCAAAGAACCCCCAUUACUUCUACUACUGCCGGAAUGGCCGCAAGGCAUCCCCACACCCUUGGGGGCCCCGGCAAGUAG